CUUCUACGCACUGUUCCCGAGUCUUACGCCUUAAAUGGUCCGAAGCUGUGCCUCCUCGCUACCGUUGGUUAGGAUGUAUCAAAGAGCUAUUGCCGAGGUGAGGCCUCAUCCAAGCACUAAUUGGCUCUCCUCGGCAAUACACCAUGCAUUGAGUCACGCCAUGCUGCUUGCUUGCAUUGAGCAAUACGGCCUAUGGUGCGAGUACGUAUACCGGCUGGUAAAUUGGCGAAAUGCAGGGGGACAACCUUUGUGCGUCGAAAAGAGCCAAUGGUGUGGCGAGGAAUAAUGGGAUCUCGAUGCUGGCUCCAACGUUGUAGCGUCCACGGCGCGCCUGUGGCCUCGCACCAACCAGCGGAACAUGCCUUUGCCUGCAUUGCAACAUUGGCUACACAUAUGUACUGCUAUUUUAGUCGCGACCGCAUUUGCACCGCAUUUGCACCGCAUUUCUAUAUCCACCAGCGGCGCAUCGAUGCGCCGCCUCUCCUGCCGGCACGACGCCGGCGGACAGUAGCAAUAGUCCCAUGCCAAUGCUGAAUUUAGUCGUGCCAAUUGGCAUCGAUUGUCCAGUCUUGCUUGUUGGGAGCUCUUACGAUCGACUGGUGUUAGAUUGUUGUACUCGCCAGCGGUGAGGAGGGCCUUCUUCUACAGCUUAUACUACGUAAUGAAAUACUACUAAGCGCCUUGGAAGGCUGGUCUACCACGACGACAUGUUGAUCAACUCAGCCUCAAAAUUUCAGGUUAAAUCCCAAAACUGCAAGCUAAAACGAUACUCACCUAUCUAACAAACCCAAAAUACCUACCAUGGGAUUAUUGUAUUGACACAAGCAUGUUUCGCCGAGAACCAGCCUCUGAGAAUAUACAUAUAGGGUAGCAACGUUCGUUGGGGGAGAGAUCUGUGUUUAGCGGGACAAGGGCAGGAGACGCGUCAGUUUCAUGUACUGGGUGCUUUAAAAUAGUACUAUGGAGCAUUUUGGGCAAGCGAAGUAGAUGGGCUAGAAAAAGAAAGAUCGGCGUGAAUCAGUCGACGAGUCCCGCUGCGACGUGGGCUGCGCGCUUCAUCUGGGGUCUGGACAAGAACCGUUGACCACUCCAAUGAAACAUAGACUUUGCGAAACACUAUACUCUUAAAAUAGGACGGCCUAGCGUUCAAGGAAUACAUUGUGCAACGCGAGUAGCGUGAGAGAGCCAGAUGCACCGCGUAACGAUGUUACCGUCGCGUCGGCAGAGGUGGAAAAGAACCCAAAACGGGAGAGAAAAAGACGAGGUGUACAGUAUAACUAAGUACACGGAGAUAUAAAUUGCUACUAGCUAUACUGAAACUUGUUAAUGCCAGUAAUAGACAUUUUUUAAGUAGGAAGGCAGCUAUUGAAGGGAGACCUGCCGUGUCUACUUUAAUGGGCUAAUGGUUCCCCCUCACUUGAACCGACUACGCGCAUAUGGUGCAAUCGCAUGAGAUUUAAACUACCAAUUCUAAGGUCGACACAUACAAUUUCGGGGGAAUUGAUUUCGUUGCUGCGUUACUUCAUAUAAGGAAGUAAAUGUCCUUGACGUGUAGUUGUCACAUGUAGGGCGCAUAGCGAAUUCGGCUGCGCCCUACAAACAAGUCGCCGCGCGACUUCGCAAGAUGAUAGUUACAUCACCAAACACAACGCUUGAAGCUUAUACAACGUGAAAUAAGCUAUCGGAAAAUCCAUAGAACCUGCCCAAAGUCAAGAGCAAAGAAGUAAUUGACCGAGAAUACGCAAUGACGUCCAACGCCACCAACGCUCAAGAUGCAUCGAGGUCUCGUGAUGCAAACUACAUCUUGCAUUUCUCACCGUUUUCCUUGUAUUCGUUGAUGAUACGAUUUUCGCUUGUAAUUGGGCGUCGCUUGAGCCCUGAAUCUGCCCCCAAUGUACGAAUCAAGCUGGUCAAUCUGAUCAAGGGCGAAAACUUCUCAGAGGAGUAUCUAACCCAAGUCAAUUCUAGAGGACAGGUUCCUGCUUUGACAUCACCCGAGUUUGCUACUCCUUUGGCAGAGAGUCGAGAUAUCGCAACUUGGCUUUGUGAACGGCAGCCAGGGUUGGUGCCAGAUAAUCAUCGCGACGUUAUCAUGGACCUUCUGAACAAGUUUUACUCGUACCACUGUAAAGCUCUAUCUAUCCCGCCAAACGGACUGCCAAAUAAGGCGGCAGCUAUGCUUGAAAACCCCAAUCUGACGGCGACACAUCGGCGAGCGCUAGAGAUUAAGAGCCAAUUUCAUAAUACGUUGCACACCAGAACUGUAGAGCCAGAAAACAUCCAACUCGUCGAGGCAAACACCAAGAGCUUUAUGCAGGACUUGACCACUCUGUUGCAAGCACAGAGCAGAGGAGAUUCCGUCUGGAUUUUUGGGGAACAACCGACUAUACUAGAUGCGUACGCAACAGUGUUUAUAUUGCGCCUUGGGGAACUGAAGCGCGAUGACCUAACAACCGCUGAGACCCGAGCAUAUGCUGCUCAGGUUAAAGGCACGAGCGAAUGGGAUGAUACAACCCAUGGUCGGCCGACGCUCUGGAACGAGUCUCUGGGACCCGUUGAAAGUUUUGACCCUUUGUAAGGGAUACAUCUACAAGCAAACACUUUCUAUAGAGUGCUCAACCAAUGGAAUCGAGAUGGUUACGGAUGUCGAUAGUGUUACUGGUGGUCUGUGUUUGCUUGCUCUGGCGACCCAAGUUAGUAUAGCCUCCAUCAUGUAGCUGAUCUCGUGGGGGCCGGUUUUCUCCCAAUAUGGCAUUCAUCAAUAUCAUAUAAUCUUGACAAACAUUCACCAAGACCUAUUGCAGAUCGAGAACAAACCGGACAAUUUAA